AUGUCUGAGAUGCUGCGGAUGCUUCCAGUUGAGGAUGUCGUGGCUAGCCCAUGGGGGGCCAGCCUCUUUUUGACAUGCUGUGCCAUCAUCGCGUCUGUGGGCUUUGUCUUGGCACUGGUGGAGGAAAGCCCGAAGGCAGGCUAUUCCAAUGCUCCUACGUCCCACCUCAUUGAGUGCGCGGACUCUACAGACCUGCUCUUCUCAGACCUCUUCUCGGAUGGGACCGGUUUGGGAUUGCUAGAACCGCUUUGGCGGCUUUUCACCCCUGAGGGCGCCUUGUGGACGCUCCUCACGGGCUGGGACCCCCGAGACCAUGCCUCCUCCCUGGGGUUCUCUGGAAUGUUGGAAGCCAUCGCAAGCCUCAUUGCCACCGCCCUGACCCUCUUUAACCAUGCUAUGGGGGCCCUUCUUCGCCUGAUCUUCCCAAGCCGGCGCAAGGGCGCCAAGGGUGGCAAGGGCGAGACAGGAAGCACAGCACACGAGAAGAUUGAGAUGACUUUCCUCCAGGAAGCCCACGCAUACUUCGGCUAUGUGCGCCUCUUCUGCCUAGGCCUCGUCCGCGAAUACAUUGUCCGCGCAUGUGCAUUCUUCCUGAAGGAUGAGAUCUGCGUCCGUUACAUGCAGCGAGAGAAGUGGAGUGUCGGUUGGACUGAUUUCUACUUGCAGCAUAUGUACAAACUCUACGUAGACUGCUUUGCCCGGCCGAUCGCUUCCGCUCCGGAUGCUGCUGUUGAUGUCGUGAUCAGGGAGCGUGCUGGCGGAGACUUGUUUGGCCCACUUAAUGAGCUGAAGCUCACGAAGAAGACGCGGAAGUGCGUGAACCUUUCGUCCUACAACUACCUCGGCUUUGGUGGCGUUGAUGAGUUUUGCACUCCAGUGGCACGAAAGGCCGUGCGUGAGAUGGGCUGGUCCACGUCCGGAACACGCACAGAGGGUGGAACCAAGGACAUUCACCGCCAGCUCGAAGAUGAGGUUGCGGCAUAUCUGCAGAAGGAAGAUGCCCUCGUGCUGGGCAUGGGCUUUGCCACCAAUUCCACGAUUCUCCCAGCUCUCUUUGAGGCGAACGCCAACGGUGGGGGCAUCUUGGUCUUGAGUGACGAGCUCAACCACCGAUCCAUCGUGGAAGGCGUGCGCCUAUCUGGCGCUACUGUGCGAGCUUUCGCCCACAAUGAGAUGACUGCCUUGGAAGGGGAGCUGCAGAAGGCCAUAGAAAAAGGCCAACCAGGCAGUGGAAAGCCCUGGCGCAAGAUCUUUGUAGUUGUGGAAGGCAUCUACUCCAUGGAAGGUGACUUCUGCCGCUUGCGCGAGAUAGUGACUUUGAAGAACAGGUAUGGCGCCUACCUGUAUUUAGAUGAGGCACACUCCAUUGGUGCUGUGGGCGCCACGGGGCGUGGCGUCACCGAGCUCCUGGGAGUACCCACUUCUGAGGUGGACAUCAUGAUGGGCACCUUCACCAAGUCCUUCGGAAGCGCUGGUGGCUACGUUGCAGCUUCCAAGGAAGUCAUCGCUGCCCUUCGCAGGGGCGCGCCAGGAAGUGUGUUUGCCUGCGGAAUGGCCCCGCCUUGCGCGGCCCAGGCCAUCCAGGCUCUACGCGUCAUCUCCGGCAAGGAAGGUGGCGACACUGGGGCCCGCAAGCUGGGUGCCAUCAAGGAGAACGCCAAUUACUUCCGCGAGGAGCUGAGCCGCCGUGGCUUCAAGGUCCUGGGAGACGUGGACUCCCCAAUCAUCCCGGUGAUGUUGCACCAUCCCUGGAAGAUGGGUGCCUUCUCCAGACGCUGCCUGGACCGUGGCAUUGCAGUGGUUGUUGUGGGCAACCCUGCGGUGCCCAUCCUUUACGAGCGAGUGCGCUUCUGCAUCUCCGCAGCUCACACCAUUCCUCAGUUGUCUGAGGCCAUCACACAGAUCACCGCAGUGGGACAGGAGCUUGGUGUGCUCUUUGAGCUGGCAACCUCCAAGCAGGAGCUGGAGGCUCGAGCAGCCAAGGACCAGGCUUAUGCCUCUUGGUUGCGCUCUGCGCCACUCGUAAAGGCCGUUGAUGCUGCGAAAGCAGUGGACUGGCAGCCUGAGCCAUUGUCACCAGCCGCUCCUGCAGAGGGCAGCUUGUUGUCGUCGCUGCAGGAAGCCUGUGCUAAGCCUGAGAAGGCUGUGCCUGCCAGUCACGAGUUCCGGUUGAUGGACCCGCUGGGUUACGCGGCCUCACCGCUGGAGGCCGCAUUCGAAGCCACCGAGGCAGCGAUGGACCAUUACGGCUUUGGAGCCUGUGGCCCUCGAGGCUUCUAUGGUGGUGCCCUACCGCAUUUGGAGCUGGAAACUGCUCUCGCCAACUACCUCGGCUGUGAAUCCGCCAUCGUCUACUCCGCCGGUGUGACCACGGUCUCUAGUGUCAUCCCUGCCCUGGUGCAAACAGGAGACAAGGUGAUUGUGGAUUCCGAGGUGCAUCUUGGAUUCCGCGCCGGCCUUCGCCUGUGCAAAGCUGAUGUCACCUGGGUUCCCCACAAUGACCUCUUUGCCAUCGAGAAGGCCCUUGCCGCUAAGUCUACUAGAAGCCUGGAGAAAGGUGGCAAGGAGUCCAAGGAAUCCAGGAGGACUUUCAUCAUGGUGGAGGCCAUGAACCAACGCACCGGGCAGCUGGCGCCUCUGGCAGAGCUUGUGAAACUGAAAGAAAGAUAUGGAGCCUUGCUCGUGCUCGACGAGACCCUGUCCUUUGGCUGUUUGGGCGAAAAUGGCAGGGGUCUCACAGAGCUCCAGUCCAUUCCAUCAAAGAAGGUGGAUGCGAUCCUGGGCUCGCUAGAGCAUGCCACUGCAGGGGUAGGCGGCUUUUGCGCGGGCCGAAAGGGUCUCGUUGACCACCAAAGGCUUGCCGGAGCUGGCUACUGCUUCUCUGCAUCAUGCCCCCCGUCGGCAUGCUCUGCGGCAAUGGCAACCGUGCAAGACCUGGCUUCUGCAGAAGGCAGAAGUCGUCGUGAGCGUCUAACGGCCGCUGCAGCAAAGCUGCACCAAACUCUGGCCUCUAUUGCUCAGACAGCAGACUCUCCAGUGGAACUGCUGAGCAGUUCCGAAUCCUUUGUUCAGCAACUUCGGUGGAAGCGUCCUGACGAAGCAGAGCAACAGCUGCUGCAGCUGAGCCGGGCCCUCGCCCAGGACGGGCUGCGCGCGCAGGUCUGCUCGCCGGGCCUGUGUGGCUCAGAAGGAGCUUUCGAUGCUCGGCUGAAGGCACCGGAUGCAGCGCGGCCUAGCCUGCGCUUCUGCUGCUCAGCGGAGCAUUCUGAGGAGGAUAUCUCCAGACUGGGGGAUGCUCUGCGGAAAGCUUUGCAUUUGUGA